AAUCUAAUCUUAUUUCCUUGUUGAUGUACGAAUUACGUCAAAUGAAAGAACAAUGCUUUGAUCAUGCUUUUCCUUUUAUUCUCCAUAAAACACUCGGAUACGAUCGAUGUAUUUCUUUCUUAUCUUAAUACACUUAUUUAUAACUGCAAGUGAUUUGAGUGGCUGGAUAACCUAGGACUCAAGAAGUAAAACGAGAAAGGUAAACAAUUAAGUUUAAAAAGUACCAAGUAUGUAUCCCGAACUUGUGUUUUCAGAUGAAGAAAGUAAAAAGAUAGAAGAGCUUAGAAGACGACUUAAAAAUGAAGUUAGCAGCGAAAUCUAUGAAGACAAAACGAUGUUCCAUAGGUUCUUGAAAGCCCGGAAUUUCAACAUUAAUCAUGCAGAGGCCAUGCUUAGAAAGAAUUUAAAAUGGCGAAAAGAAAAUCAGAUGGACACAUUUCUCAAGGAUUACAAAGCAAAUGAAGUUAUGGAAAAAUAUUUCCCUUUAAGUUUUGUAGGAUAUGACAAAGAAGGAUGUGUUGUAAGAUAUCUGGAAGUAGGAACGGUCGACGUUAAAGGAUUAUACCUCUCAGCGAAGUAUACUGAUCUUGAAAGAAGGCUUCUUCAUGAUAUAGAGUGCGAUAUCGCAUUACUCAAAGACCAAACUAGAAAGCUUGGAAGAAGAGUGGAUAAAUGUGUUUACAUACAUAAUUAUGAAGGACUGACUUUCGCUCAAGUUUCCAACAGAAAGAUCAUAGAAGAUGUGAUGUCAUUUUGCAGAACGUACCAGGAUAACUACCCGGAACGCUUGAAAGCGGUAAUUGGUAUUAAUGCAUCGAAAUAUUUUCAAUGGGGUUUCUCGAUUGUAAAAACUUGUUUAGCUGGUACAGUUAUUGAAAAAGUGAAGGUCUUUGGGGCAGACGGCUGGCAGGAAGAACUUUUAAAAUGCAUCGAUGCAGAACAGUUACCUGCUUUUCUGGGCGGCAAGAAGACAGAUCCAGACGGCAAUCCAGACUGCAAAACAUUUAUAAAUCAUGGUGGAAUAGUUCCAGAGCGCUACUACAUCAACAAGAGGAGAAGAUCUUUGGCAUUUAUUACUAGUGCUAAGAAAACAGUGCUAUCUAGAAAGUCUUCACACGAAGAAACAAUCCUAGUCGAAGAACCCGGAUCCUUUAUUGAAUGGGAAUUUGAAACGAAAAUUCAUGAUAUUGGUUUCGGAAUCUUCCGGCAAGAAAACAUUUCUGGGGAAAACAAAAUGGUUGAAAUCGUUCCCAUUCACAGAAUCAACACGAAAGAGUUCGCGGAAACAGGACUUUACAGGUGUGAAGAGUCUGGAAAAUAUGUCAUAGUUUUUGAUAAUACUUACAGUUGGAUGAGAUCAAAAGAACUGUUUUUCCGGAUCACCGUAAUACGUCCAAAUGAUGAAAGGAAUGUUGCGAACAUUUGAAUCAUCGAUUUUUGAAAAGAAUCAUUGACU